AACAAAUGUAAACAUGGCCAGCUGAUGAAGAAAGUGUUUUAUUUGAAGUUCUCGGUUUGGAAAAGUGCAGAUCUUUUUCUCUCAGAUCGUGUGUAUCGUGUGUUCUGCUCCUCUCUUUAAUGUUGUUCUCAUAUUCUGUCUAUCAAACUAUCACCGACGGAGGGAUUCUCACCUAAUCGACCCGUCUGGAUCUCGAACAUCUCAGUGCUUCAUUCCUCUCCUCUGGCACCUCAUUUGUCUCAAACUCUGCCGGUUACAAACUUCAAUCUUCAAAAUGAACGGUGGAAGAAGACGGAGCAUGCUGGGGACUCGAAAUCUGGGGCUGCAGCCUGUGAAAUUGAGCAUUCCUGGGUCUCAUCUUGGAAAAAGGCCUGAUUCUUCAGGUCGCAAAAAUCGUCCAUUUGGGACGCAGAAAUCACCCCAAAAAUCAGAACAAGGCGUAGUCAAGAGGCUGUUUGACGAACCUGCGAAAGUUGAAAAAAGGAGUCCGAUUUACACUCGUUUGUCCUCAGCAGCUGUUGUGAAGGAUGCGUCUCCUGCGAAAAUCAACCUAUCUAAGACUGAAUUCCGCCAAAAAACUGAAGCCCAGCUUUCACGGCCUACUCCAAGAGGAUCUCCUAGAUGCCCCCUAGGCCGUAGCCCAGCUACUAAAGGAGAGAGUUCAACCACUUGCCAUCAAGAUUCAAACAAAAUGGAAAUUUCAAGAGCAGCUACUUCUAAGUUCAACCUACUUAAUUCCUCUCACUACUCUCACCUCAACGCUGGAAAAACCUUGAAAUCCCCCAAGUCACCAAUCCUCUGGUCCAACGCCACAAAAUUUAGACGACACAUCAACACAGAGCCGAUAAAGUCUCCUGAAGAACCUCAGUUUUCAUCUAGGACAAUGAGCAUGUUAACGAGCACCGCUCAGAAAAACACAAAGAAACCUGCUUCAAAAGAAAACGAAAAUGAGUCUAGCUUUUUGAAACUUGAAUCACCCCACUUGUCAGCGAUUAAAAUAAUGAAACCGGUUGAGAAACCAGCCGCUUGUGGCAAAAGUGUAAAAAAUUUGUACCCAUUCACCUGUGCUGACUCCUCUCUUAAUGAUAUAGUAAAGAAUGAAACAAUUACGGAAGAAACUGUCCUGGCAAAUAAAUCCAACGAUGAUAGCUUUCUGAACAACGAAACGCUAUGCUUAAUGGACACAGAUCAAACUGUGAAAGAAACUCACGAUUCAAAAGAGGUGACCUUGAAAAAUGCCUCAAUUAAUAAAACUGUGAUUGCCACUCCGAGAAAACUGAGCAUUAUCUCUGAGGAGACAGUUGUCAAGUCUGAGCCGACUGUCUUGAAGCCAGACAUUCCAGAUGAAUCUCUCACAGAUCUAAUGAACUGCGUCAACAAUCUGAUGGUAAAUAAAGAAAACUUCUUGUCCCAGCAAAACAGCCUCGUUCAGCAAAUUAAACAGUCACAAGAGAAGUUUUUUGUCCAACAGGAUGAGAUCUUGUUGAAGAUUAACAAUAUCAUGACGAAGCUGAGCCACAAAGCUGACCGAAAAACUACCAUUUCGAUGAACCCGCCGCGGAAUGAAAUUGUCACGAGUAGCAUUGCAGGCAAUGGAAAUGACGAAGAUGAUGAACUACUGUCUGAGGAUAUGAACGAUGGGAAUAACUCACUAAUCUGUGCCACUAAGAAGCUUAAAAUAUUUGACGAAGACUCUGAAACUCCGCGCAGGUCAGCCCGGAUUCUAGAGAAAAUUGAUUCCAGUAGAAAUGUCAGUGAUGCAGCUAAAACACCCGAUAGCUUGAAAAGCAAUUGCACAAAUUAUUUAAGUACGCUGGAUACAACUGAAAUGUCAGAGUUUAAAGAAAACAGCCUAAAGACUCCCAUUAAUCAGCGUAGUUCCUCCAAAGCCAAUGAAAGUAGGAGCAGACCCUAUUCCGCCAAAAGAUUGUCACGAUCUGCCGCAAAAUCUAGUCUCAAGACCCCAUCAUGCCCGCGUAAAACGAUAGCAGACAAAAGCUUUUCUAAGUAUGAAACUCCAAGCAAAAGAAGUAAAAAGUCACCUGCCAUAGGUCGAGUGUCAAUGAGACUGUCGCGGACUCCAACCACCAUCAAACGAAACCAAAGCUCACCAGAGCAAGACAACACAGCUAUUCUCAUGAAGAAUCUACGUCGCUCUUGCGCUUUUCUGAAAACGCCCAAAAACACUAACAGAAUGUCUAUCCAGGCGUCCAACAUUUUGACACCGCACUCCAUGUCGUUUGUUGUUCAUGACCAAAUGAAAAAUAUUUUCAGCUCUUAGGUUUGAGCUGUGGUUUUGCUCAUUGAACGCAUGAUAAAUAAUUUUGCUUUGACCUGUAAUCUGUGAUAGUUGCUAAUUUGAACUAGGUACUUUUACUUUAAUUACAGCUGUUAAGAAAUGAAUGGAUUAAACCAGAAUCGCGGUAAUUAUAUUUCAUGCUGCCUAAUUUCCUCUAAUGUUUUAUUUUUCAUCAAAAAGUUAAACUACAUAAUGCCUGAAAUUCUCUGAGGAGUUAUCCAAGAUCUCAUAGAAUGUACUCACAAAUUUUUGAAUUUCAGUAUUGCUUAGUUUCUUGUUUAAAAAAUAAAACUCUAAAGAAAGCAGGCAGUCUGAUGUAGUCAAGCUGAUUCCGGUUAAAUUGGUCUAAAUUGGACUAGAUUUCGCAAUUAGGAACCAUAAUUUCUGGCACAUAUGUAAAAACACUUAUGUGAUUAGGGAAACUAAUCGUACAUACGUUGUUUCUAAACCGAGCUGGAAAUUGUAGUUCCUAAUUGCAAAAUGUAGACCAAUAAUGUAGAUUACUGAAGCCUGAGGAUCACAUUGUGCCAUGUCUGAUGACGUGCUGGGUUUGACAUGAUCGAUUUUUUAAUUUUUAGGCCAAUAGUCCAAGAUACGAUCGCAACCCCAAAACAAAAGGGUUCAACAUGGCACCAAACCAUAAAGUAAAGCCCAGAAUUGGCAUUGAUUUUUCGCCCAAUUAGCAUAAUUACCCUGAUCGACUCUUGAUUCAUAUUCGCACUGGCCCUUAUCUGUAUUUUUUAUGUGUAUUUACAUAAUUGAAGCCAGGCAUCUGCAAGUUCAUAUCACUGAAAAUUUCGUGACAAUUUUUUUUUCCAUUUCUUUCUUGAAAGGAGACAUUGUGAAGUUGCUCCAUGUCAGGAUUCUCAUUAUUCAGCUAUUUUCUUUCAAGUUUUUUCAAGGAUCAUGCUCCAGGCAAACAAUAUCCCGUUUUGAAACCAUAUUUACCCCCAACAAAGCCAGACGUGUUUCUUGAAUGAAAGUUAAAAAUCAUAAUCGUAACAAUCAUUCGUCUCAGUUUUCUAACAGAUUGGGACCAUAUACAGCAGAAAAAAAAACUAAACUGCAUCAGUCAUUGUCAAAUUUCAUCGGACGAUUUAUUCCUUUUACCAAAGACUGAAAGUGAAGAUUCUUUUGAAAAUUUCAAGGGAUUUCCUUUGUGAUGUGCAUCAAAUUCCUGAAGAUUAGGAAAAAAUCUAUUCAACUGUUCUUUUGUGAAAGAAUACAUUUUUUGAUGAAAUUUGGCAAUGAAUGAUGUGACUUGGCCUCUCUCUGCAUAACAUAGUCCAUUUAGUCUUGGAAACUAUUUUAAAAUUUUUAGUUUUCAUACAUUUGUUAUGCAAGAUUUUGGGAAAAAGAUAAUUUAUGACUGAAGUUUUGAAUUCCCAUUAUAAAUAUUUCAUGCCCCUCACUUUUAGACGAGUACUCCAUCAUUUGAGUAAUGUUAAUGUUCUCUUAAUUAUGAUUCAGUGGUCUGUUUUAAUAUUUUAAAAGUAAUGAUUCCAGUUUUUACAAAUUUUCCCUUGGACUCUUUGUAAGAUAAUUUUGUUGGCUGCAACCUUUGUGGAAACCUGAUCCCAGGUAUAGUGCUAAACUAUAAGCAUUACUCAUCUGCUGUAACAUUUGGGUCUAUUAGGAUCCCCAACCACCGUGCUUUCUCUUCAGUCAACCCAGCACUUCUGGAAAGAAUCUAAUUUCAAUAGACAGUCGUAGAAUUUAAUUUUAAAAUUUAUCUCACCUAUAAGAAUGCAAAAAUUCGCAACAAAUCUGAGCUAUGUAUUUACAACGUAAUGAUUUUUUUGGCAGCUUUCUCUACUUGGAUGUAAUACUUGAAAACAUGUUACUUCUUGACAAAGCAUGGAACUGCGUGUGUGAGAUUGAGCAAAGUCCAUCAGUCUUAUUUUGUACCGAAUUCAGCAGAAUGGAACGAUGUUUUCAAAAUUGAGAAACUCCUAAGCUUUAAAAGAGACUAAUUACAUGUACAACAAUGAAAUUUCAAAGAUUGUUUUUCUUUGAAAUGAACAAUUUUUUAGUCGAAAAACCAAAAAUAAUCAAUUUCCAACAUUUUUUUUGAAAAAGAUAAAGAUGUAGGUUUUUACAUCACUGUGAUUGAGUUGGUUCCCUUCUGCUACAUGCGACCCCUAUCAUAUGUUAUCAUGAAUCUCAGUAAAGAAAAUCAGACAAGAAUACUUGCUCAACAUUAUCUACACUUAAUAAAUUUUGCACUUCUAUACUAAUUCUGAAGAUGAUGUAUUGUAAGCAUUACCUACAGGCAAGCUCUAACAAAACAAUGCUUUACUUUGUUUACAUUUAAUAAGUAAAAAUUCCUCUUGGUUAAAAUAACUUUUACCGCAUCAAAAUGCUUUUAAGAGAAAGACAUCUCGAUGUAUGGGUCAAACAUUUUUUCUUUAUCCCCACUGUAUGCUCAAAAACUUGCCUCUGAUUAAUUUCUCCUGCAUUCUAUGAAUAAAAAUUGAGGCGAUAUAUCUUAGGCUUUUAGCCUGAUGGAACUCCUGUGCGAUGUAUCGCAUCAAUUGAGUAAAAAAUCUUCAUAGAUUUUGAACUUGAUCAGUGCAAUAGUACGCCCAGUAGUUUGAUCGCGCCAAGAACCCGGACGUAUCACCUUAAGACCUAUCAUAAAUUAAUCUUAUGUUGGUUCAUUGUGAGCACUUGAAUUAUUGUAUAUUUUUGUCGGAAAGUAAAAGCUCAUAGUAAAUGCCUGACAAGAAUAACUUACUGUUUAUUUGAUACAUUUUCAAGAAGUGAUGAAAUUCAUAACUCAUCCACAGUUGAAACUGAAUAACCAGAAACUCUUUUUUUCUCCUCAGAGAAAUUUCCUUGAAUCUUUAAACAUGAUUUUUAUGCUGUUUUUAAAUAAGGAAAAUAAAUAUUCAGUUUAUCGGGAGAGCCUGUCUGUGAUUACCAUGCUCGAAACGUUUUUUUCAGGUCGUUUUUUUAUUUGAACUUGGGAUUCUUUUUAAAUUUUGAUAUUACACCAAAAUUUUAAUUUUUUAUUUUCAAACAGAAUCUGCAAUUAUUAUUUUUGACAAAAAUGUACAAUUUUUCCAUUAUUUUACCAAUAUCAUUAUUUUUUUUUAAAAUAUACAUUUCCAAGUCUGCAUUCCUUGUCUUAUAGGAUGUCCACGCAAUGAACUGACAGGUGAGGGGUGAAGUCAGGAAUUUUCAUUUGUUCCUUGUUCUGUAGAAAUUUGUCGGAAACGUUGGAGAAGGAGGAAAUUAACUGUGAGCAUCCGCCAUUUGAAAAAAUACUGAUCAUUUACACUGUCUUGUUAACUGAAUUAUCAUUACCACAGAAUUUUGGUCAAAAUGCUGAAGAAAAUUUACCAAAACAUGUUUUUUAAUCUUGUGGAACGAAACUCUGAAGAUUGGCAGAGGUGUUAUAGCAUGUCUAGAUGUUCAUUUAUUCUUGGACACAAAUUUUAAGUUAUUCUAUCGAAUUGUGUAUUUUAUCGAUUUCUUAUUGUUAAUUUUUAUCAAUUAUUUAUAUUACUGAUGAACAGUUGGAUGAAUGUAACCCUGUUGUCGGUUCUUUGCCACUAUGUAUGUAAAACGUGUCUAUAGGGGAUUUAGAUUUAAGAAUAAAUUGUUAUUUUACUAUGCACUCA